CUCACACAACCAUUCCAAAACGCCCUUCUAGACCUCGCUAUAGAUGACCAAAGUCGAACUAUACGUGUACGAUCUCAGUAAUGGACUGGCAAAGCAACUUUCGCGCCAGUUGACCGGCAGACAAAUAGACGGGAUCUGGCACACCUCAGUGGUGGUGUAUGGCAAAGAAAUAUUCUAUGGACAGGGAAUAAGUAUAACAGAACCAGGGAAAUCCCAUCACGGGCGACCGUUGCAAGUCGUAGAUAUGGGCGAGACAGCAAUAGAUGAGGCUACGUUUGAGGAGUAUUUGUCAGAGAUGCGUGAGCAUUAUACAGCGGACAAGUAUCACCUACUAGAUUUCAAUUGCAACUCCUUCACAAACGACGUUGUAGGAUUCCUCACUGGAGGGUCGAUACCUUCCUGGAUCAAAGACCUACCUUCCGACUUCCUCUCUACACCUUUUGGCGCUGCACUGCGUCCCACCAUCGACAACAUGUACCGCCGUCCCGUCCCUGGUGCUACUCCGACACCCCCAGCCGGUAUCGCUCAAUCGGCUGCAAAUGCGGCGGCUGCUUCACCCAACCCGCAACUUGCGGCUUCAUUACUGCAAGCGGUUGCCGCACAAGCAGCUGGUGGUCAGCAGCUCCCUACUCCGUCCCCAUCCGGCACUAGCACACCCUCCACACAGACCGUCGCGGCCCCCAUCCAUAUGGUUACUAACCCCGCUUCCUGGCACUCCACGCUGAAGUCUCACAGAGCAGUCACUGCGUUCUUCACCUCCGCUACUUGCGGCCCGUGUAGGAUGAUUGAGCCCAUCUUUGAGGAAAUUGCCAGGAACAAGACGCAGGGUCGGAGCCCGGGACAAGUGGCAUUUGCUAAGAUUGAUCUAGGGACGGGAAUGAGCUCGCAAGUUGCGUCUGAGUAUGGAGUGAGGGUGACCCCGACAUUCAUCUUCUUUCUCGAUGGGAAGAAGAUACAUGAGAUGAAGGGCGCUGAUGGUCCCGAACUCCGCACUCAAGUAGACCUGCUCCUCUAUCAAGCCUUUCCUCCGCACCCCCACCAGUCACUCUCAUUACCGGCAGUAGAGUCUCUUUCCCUCAAUCCAAUUCUAUUUCAGCAGGUCCCUGCCUUCGACAACGUGCUGAAUAAGCUGAACGGUUUCAUCGAAGCCAGCCAGACGUGGCCUUCCGCUCCAAGCAAGGACCACGUCCAGGCCGCCUUUACGAAAGUUAUCCUGCCUUACCUGAAAGCACGCUUCCCCUCCACUCCAGAAGCUCAGAAGAAGGCAACACCCGCUGUUCCUGCAACUACAAUCUUGUUGAAUAAGUGGGCCGAGAUAACCGGCGUCCUGGCCGAGGCACUCCUCCCGGCGGAGCUGUUCCCUGUCGCAGACCUGUGGAGACUGGCCCUGUUGGAUGAAGUGGUCGGCGGAUGGGCAGCAGCUGCUAACAACGUUCCCGCGGGAUCUUGUGAUCCCGUUGUGACGCUCCUCUCCAAGGCUGCGUUAACAGCCGACGAUCCCAAGGCUCGAAAUUACCUUCUGGUUGUGUUGCGUAUGCUCUCGAAUGCCUUUGCCACUCCUUCACUUGCCCGGCGGCUGCUUACUCAGGACAGCACAUUGCGGGAGCAGCUGACGUCUUUUCUCGUGCGGACGUUGCUGCACGAUGAAGUUGCCGUGCGGACGGCCGCUGCCAGUCUUGCGUUUAACGUGGCUGCGUACUUGCAGAAACUGAGGGUUGAGAGAGUGCGGAGUGGGGGGAGCAUCGACGCGGACGGCGGUGAUGGGGACUGGGAGGUGGAAAUGGUAAGCGCAGUCGUGGAGGCGAUCGGCCGAGAGACGCAGAGCGAGGAAGUUUUGCACCGUCUGACGGCAUGUCUUGCUUUCCUCCUGCGACUCUCGCCUCUGUAUGAGGAGCACCUAGGGCCGUUACUGGAGGUCGUGCAAGCGUCGUCGACGCUGAAGGGCAAGCUAGAGAAGGGCGGAUGCGGUGAGAAUGGGGUCACGAAGAAGGACAUCAGGCAAUUGAUCACUGAAGUUGCUGAGAAGCUCUGCCCAUGAUCUCGUCUGUGCGGAUAGAGGGGCGCCAGCAUUCAGUGCUGCACAGUUCCGCCUUGGCCCUCUUCGCCCACGUCUCGUGUCAUCAGGGUUUUCACUAGCGGUAUAUCUAUCGGUGUAGGAUGCUCUCGCCUCCACAACCUUUUUGUAGUGUAAUAUAUUCGCAUUAACUUAUCCACUGGAUGCCGAGGGAA